GUCUGUGCAUGUCAGAGGGUGUGUUUGUUGGUGGAGGAAAGUGUGACCUGGGGGGAGGGGCGACUAUGCGUAUGUGUGUAUGGGGGAUGGGCAGGUCAGCUUGGGCUGUGAGUUCAGAGGCUUGUUGGGGAGUGUAUAUGUGCCCUUGGAAGGUUAGUGUGUGUGUGUCUUCUUGGGAAGAAUCCACAGGGCAGGGAGGAAAGGAAUAGGAGUACAACCUUAGAAACGUCAGAUUGAAUUCAGUUCAUUCCAGUGUUACACAUUGUCAUGUUUUGCGGACCUAGUGCUAGGAUGAGGCCCACAGCAGGCUGAGAAAUGAAUGAGCAGGUGACCUCUCCUUCCUAGGACGUCUCUCCUGCUCCCCUCGUUAAUGUCACAAGCACCACACUGAGCGGCUGAGUGCCCAGCUCCCUGCAGCACGAGGGUACAGAUCCAUCAGCCAGCACUUGACCACGGGGAGCUGCCCGCCUAGCAAUGACUGGUUCUGACUGAUGGUUGACUGGGCAGGAUGGUGACAGGUCACCCAGGGACUUGUGCCCUGGGGCUGCCUGGCAUCUGGGGGCGUCCUCAGAGCCAGGGCUCUUUCUGGUUGAGGCUGAGACUCACUGGUGUCAUCAGGCCCCUCCAUGAAUGAGACAAACAAAACACUUGUGGGGCCCUCGGAGCUCCCCACAGCAUCUGCUGUGGCCCCUGGCCCAGGCACUGGGGCUCGGGCGUGGCCUGUGCUGGUAGGAUUUGUGCUGGGGGCUGUGGUCCUCUCGCUCCUCAUCGCACUGGCUGCCAAAUGCCACCUCUGCCGCCGAUACCAUGCCAGCUACCGGCACCGCCCACUGCCUGGGACAGGAAGGGGGGGCCGCCCACAGGUGGCUGAAGAUGAGGAUGAUGAUGGCUUCAUCGAGGACAAUUACAUUCAGCCUGGGACUGGCGAGCUGGGGACAGAGGGUAGCAGGGACAACUUCUCCCUCUGAGCUCCCAUCUUUGGACCCUCCCCAUUCCCUCCAUGCCUGACAGCUUAAGGACAGUGGUUAUGACACGGGGGUUCCUCGAACCUCAGGGACAGGGGUGGCUGGGGCUUAAAGGUUGGUCAGGGAUGGAGUAAACCUCACUUUCCUGACACUAGCCAGCAAAGUGACAAUGACCCUCCCUUGCUCAAUAACUCUCAAUGGUUCCCUGCUGUUCUCAGGAUAAAGCCAAACAAAGGCUUGAGUGUGGAUAUAA